AAGUGCUUCGGCCAAGUCGCUGACGAAACCCUGCUAAAAGCAAGCCCGGACGUCGGCGUAGCUGUGUCGUGGGACAACAACGAUGCCGACCCGCAUGCUGCAGUGGCAAGUGUUGAACACCUCAGCCAAAUUGGAGCAUGCGGACACCAAGUGAUUAAGCCGGGGUCGCCUACUCUGGGGUUGGAGUCGCUGUGGAGGAAGGUCGGAGAAGUAACCCUCUCGAUGUUAAAAAGGGGGGGGGCUGGGGCGGACGACGACGCGACGGUCGAUGGUUGGAACCGUACUCUCUUCAAAAUUCUUGGAGACAGCCCGGGCUAUCUCAACGCGGAGGGGGAGGGUGAGUCUUGUCUGGAGAUUCAGAUUCAAGACAACCAUACCGCGCCCAAGUGCAAGGUUGAUUCAAAGAAUUUAUUUCUUCAGGCGGGUUCCACCAAACGCUUGGUCGACAACGAGGCUGCCCUUGACCGAAUCCAGCGUUGCUGUCACGCGGGAGUGGUGUGGAACAAGGUGGGAGGGAAAUGGCAAAGCACGGCGAGGCGGCGUGUCCUUGUAGAGGGGGACGAGGAGACGUACAGAAUUAUGGUGCAACUCAAGAAGGGGAACCCGGAGAAGUACAAGUGGAUGCUACCUCACCCGGGCGGCUGGCAUAUCAUGCUGCACAUGACUAAAGCCCUAAUUUCAAGGUACUACGGUGCAGGCGUGGAGGUUGUCGCCAAAGCUCUCGGUGGCGAUAACAAGCACGCCGCCGCUGGCAGCAAGUACAGGCGGAGUCACCAUCUCCUAACGGUCACCUACGAAGCCAUGUGGUGGGCCGUCAUCGAGAAGUACAUCGUAGCGAAGAAAGAAGAAGCAGCUUCGCCAGCGAUGACCACCGCUGACUCGGCCACUCCUUCGAAUGGCGCUUCGGCAGGGGAGGGGGCGCCGGGGGCGGGGGGGCGCGCUCGUGGGGUGCCAGUAAAUGUCGAGGAAGACGUCGUGCCGUGGUUGAGGGAGGAAGCCAAGGAGCACAAGACGUUACGUCUGUGGGCGACAUUCUUGUUGGACGACUAUCCAAGGUACCUCAUGUUUCGAACGGGGGGUAGAACUGCGAACUACAAGCUAUGUGUGGCGGGAUUCCGAAAGAUUGCUCCUCUUUUCGCAGCCACGGGAAAGAACCGUUACCAACAGCUGGCUUCGUGGCACCUACUCAACCUUGCGCGGAUGACAGACAACGACUUGGAGGCGGUUUCGUGCCUGUUUUCGUCUCAGUACAACACCAAGAAUUACAGGAAUUUCAACAACGUCUUCCUGGACGAGUUCAUGGAGAUGGAAAACAGGACGGUCAAACAGAAUCUGGGAAGGAUCACGCAGGCGUACAUGGUGAAGCUCCCCAGGAUAUGCGACUCUCGCCGUGCCGCCGUGGACGAGGUCGACACUCGCCUGUACCCAUCGUACUCAGAGCGGGACGUGCGGCGUGGUAUCAUCAAGCUUCGAGCAGGUGCGAUAAGGAAGGCGAAGGCAGUGCUGGAAAAAUCGUUUGCGUUUUCCGUGGAGGGCAAGGAACAGCUGCGGUCUUUGAGUGGGGCCGUUACGACAGACCGCAAGGGGGAAGCCAUGCUCAACGCCAACAAAAUUGCAGAGGUUAGGUUCGAUAAGGUGUUGCUUGGGGAAGCUCUCGGUGACAAGGAAAACGGAGCUAAGCCGAGCACGAGCAAGAUACCGUUUUUCCCGGCGGAGAACAACACGCACAAGGCCACCAAGGCGCCCACGUCAACCAUCGUCGCGCGCAGGGACCUCAAGGACAUGGACGCGAUGGCGAAGGAGUUCUGGGGAGUCAUCCAGGCCGCCAUGAUGGAAGAAAAUGUGAAUACAGAGGAGUGGAACCGGAUAGUGAGCUCCAUCGGGGUUGUUCUGCCGAUGGCUCUGUCGCACGCGGACGAUGGCGGAACGUACGGCGUCAACAAAGCAGCUGGGGUUAAGUGGGCGUUCGACACGUAUUGCCCGGACGCCAUACAAGGCGGGCCAUUCUACAACUGCGACGGGUUUGCGUAUGACUGGGCGACAGAAAUCCACAGAUCCCCGAGUGUUGUCACGUGCGACCAGGGAGCGAUCGCGUACUUGGACCACUAUCGAGAUCAGAUUUUAUCAGACGUGGCCACGUACGGCAGCACGGACGAGGAGGGCGGUGGACACCGUGUUGUGGCGUGUUGUUACGACGACCCCAAGGAGGUGCCGCCGAUCAAGGCUGCAACGCAGAGGAAGCGACUCGUAGGGAUUGAAACCACCAACGUCGAUUUUGAUGUCACCUCCAGCCGACCGAUUCCGACCGGCGCCAAGUAUUCUCCAUUUCUUCGUCGGGCGGGCACCCGCGACAAAAUUGCGUCUUACCUUUGGCAACGCAUUACCAGCCACCCGGGCGGGAGAGAGAAGGCUGACGGUGCAUCGUUCGUGGCCUUUGGGGUGUCUCCUGUACCGGUGCCGCCCGUCGAGGGGGGUGGGGGCGGUGGAGGUGCCCCCUCUGCCGCCGCCACGUUCAGUGGGGGGCCCGCCCCUUCAGCGCCUUCGGGACAAGGGCCAUCGGGUAUGACAGAGGAAGAUGGGGGAGAUGGCUCAUCGGCAGCGAACGCCAAACCUCUCGAUGCGCGGGUAUGGAAAGAAGGUGCUUCGGCGGUGACUUCGGUGGAAGGGCCGGGCAUCGGGGAGGGGGAGCUUAGCACAACAUAUGCCAUCGUCCACCACGCGCUAUACACAGGCCUGGACAAAGUCACAUCGUGGCUUAUAACCUCCACGGACUCGGACCAGAUUAUGCACAUCCUCCUCGCCUUCGCCAGCGGCAAGAUUACUCCAACAGGCUCAGACAAGGUGCGAGUGACGGUGCGACAGCGGAAGGGGCAGGGAGCUAUCCAGUUCGUUGAUGUCAACCGGGUGUACACGGCCCUCGUUGACAAGCCGGCAUGGAACACGGGUGCUGGAGAAGGAGGCGUCGCCCCCGAGUGGUUGAACGAUCACGAGGGGCAAGCAAAGGUGGUGCUUUUUGUGGUUAUGUACUUCCUUGGCGGCUGUGAUUUCUUGCCGGGUUUCUUCAAUCUGAAGAUGCCGGCGAUGUUCAAAUAUGUCCUGGAAGCAAUUUCCCAACCGGGUCUCUUCAACAAACCCAUCGUCGUCAAGGUCGACGGCAAAUGGACCAUCGACGUCGGAGAGUGCGUCAAGAUGUUAGGAGUGUGUUACUUUCAGAUGCACUUGCGAGUCUUCCAGGGUACUUACAAUGGUGGAGCGUCAGAGCUGUUCCAGGCUGUUGACGGGGAUAAGAAAAAGUUCAUCGAGAAGGUUCGGAUGAUCAUUUUCAAGUCCCAAAAAAAAAACGGACGGAAGAACUGCCCUGACUGGUACGCCUUGCAGUUUCAAGUGGAGAGGGCGGAGAGANCCCCCCGACCCCGAUCCCCCAUCCCGUCCACCCCCCUCGCCGCCGCAAACUAUUAUUACCUUGACGACCAGAUGAUAUCCAGUUGUUGGAGGCAACGCGGGCGUGAUGCAGAGGAGUCCGGGGCGCGAGGAGGGAGCGCAGGGGGGGGCAGGGCAAAGCAGGCGUCAACUGCGGACUAA